UGUGUGGACUGGAGGCAACCGCAAGAAAUACACGUGUGGGUGGACGCUGGAACUGUACAGUCUGCGCAUACUGACAACUGUCGCAACAUUAUUCUAACUAUUUAAAACAAACAGAGCCGCAACUUGUGAGAUUCAUCCAUCAUCAUUCAUUAGAUCGCUUCACUUUUUUUUCUCAGGAAAUCCGCACCUUACCAAUGAUGCGUAAAGUUCCGUGUGUAAAACAUCCUCAGCGCCUCUCUGUCAUAGCAAAUCAAGAGUUUCUAUUAUAAAACGUCAUUGCUGAAUAGCUGGAGGUCACAAUGGAGAUUUGAUGGAGGUGGUUUGGUGACGGCGACUCUACGGACUUUAAUUUGGAUUAGAACCGAAACUCCUUUAAAUCUUCCGAACUAUUCAUUGCAUCAGUUGAGUGGAGACCCGAUCCCGUACCUGCACUGGGGCAACCAGGCUUUUUAUUUAUUUAUUUAUUUAUUUUUCCCUUUUUCUUUAUUUCUUUUUUUAUUGAUUUCUUAAUUGUCAUGGCAAUCAAUUUCCAUGUGUAACGAAGAGGGAUAAAAUUGAGUUGAAAUACCCUUCAGGAGCAACUUUAUUUCCGGGGGCUUCCAGCACCGAAUCAGUGGAGUAUUCAUGAAGCAAUAUUUGAACUAUUACAAGAUGAGGCUCAGAACAUCGAGGUUAGGUUGUCUGUUACUUCAAUUCACGGCGCUUUGCUUUUACGCACAGAACUCUGUGCAGUCUCCUCCUAAUUUCAAGCACCAUGUCACCGAGCAGAGCCUGCUGUCGGACCGGAUGAGCCGCAGACUGACCCGAACCUACCAGCUGUACAGCCGAACCAGCGGGAAACAUGUCCAGGUCCUGUCCAACAAGCGGGUCAACGCCAAUGGAGACGACGGUGCAGUGCACGCUAAACUGGAAGUGGAGACGGACUCUUUUGGAAGUCGUGUUCGUAUUAAAGGGGCGAAGACAGGAUAUUACAUAUGUAUGAACAAGAGGGGGAAGCUGAUUGGCAAGCGGAAAGGACGAGGCAAAGAUUGCAUCUUCACUGAGAUUGUUCUGGAAAACAACUAUACAGCACUCCAGAACGCCAAGUACGAGGGCUGGUACAUGGCUUUCACACGCAAAGGUCGCCCCAGGAAGGCCUCCAAGACCAAGCAGCACCAGAGGGAGGCCCACUUCAUGAAGCGUCUACCUAGGGGGCACUUGCUAAGUGAGAGGAGACCGUUUGAUGUACUUCCUCUCCCUGUCCCCAUGCAGCCUUUCAGCAAGCGGACUAAACAUUCCCAUCACCAGCGCUCGGGGGGACGCUAAGGACUGAAACCGCUGAGGGAGAACCGCAGAUGGACAGCACAGAGGAACCACUUCAGGAGAAAGCAUUUACUUGGAGGGAAAUUUACUUGUACACCCAAGUGCCCAUACAAUUUUUGCCUCAUUUGUGGACUUAUUAUGUAAUUAUUGGUACUGGAUUGUAUGUAAACUAUCUAAUCUGUUAGUUAUUUCCAGUUCAGACAGCCUGUAGGAAAGACUUUCUUGUUAUUAAAUCAGGACAUUUUAAAUACUGGAGAGCUCAACAAUAAUGUCAUGAUUGAAAACCUGUGGUUAGAAGUUAGCCAGCUUAGCAACAAAGAAUGUUAAGAAGAGAAAUGAGUACAAUGAAGCUAGACGUGGCAGCUAUCUGUGGUUACAGCAUGCCUCUCAGUUGACAUGCUAUCUUGCCUUUUGGAGGCCAUUUUGGAGAAUAUAUGUAACCUGUUUUGGUUUUUUUUUCUACAUAUAUGAAUAUAUUUUUACUGUAAAAAUGUAAAUGACAUCAAAUGAU